CUCUCUCUCUCUCUCUCUCUCUGUGAUUGAAGCUGGGCCAUAUCAUAGCCAUUGAAGCCGGCGACUUUUUGGGACGAUGACCUCCAUCACCUCCGUCGAGUUGAAUUUCCUCGUCUUUCGUUACCUUCAGGAAUCAGGCUUCACCCACUCAGCUUUUGCUUUAGGAUAUGAGGCCGGUAUCAACAAAAGCACUAUAGAUGGCAAUUUGGUUCCACCUGGUGCCCUCAUUACAUUUGUACAAAAAGGACUUCAGUACUUGGAGAUGGAAGCUAACUUGAGUAAUAGUGACGCAGAUUUGGACGAGGAUUUCUCAUUGAUAAACCCUUUAGAUCUUAUCACAAAGGAUUUAUAUCAACUUAGGCAAAUGAUUAAAGAGAAAAGGAAGAAUCUACAGAAGGAUAGAGACAAAGAUAAAGAGCGUGAGUCUUAUAAGAAAGAUAAGGAGCUUGAAAAAGAACAUGAAGGAGAGCGGGCACGAGUAAAAGAGAAGGAAAGGCAAGAAAGGGAGAAGGAAUUUGAAAAGGACAGAGAGAGGAUAGAAAAGAAUAAGGAGCAAGAAAAGCAGCAUGAGGACCACAAUGACAGAGAUAUGGUUACUGAUCAGGAAGAGAAGAUUAAUGUCAAACAUGAAGAAAAUGGAGCUUCUGGAGAACCAAUGGAUAUUCCUACAACAGAUGUUGAAAUCCCUAGUUCUGAUGUGACAAUUCUAGAAGGCCAUACUUCUGAGGUAUGUGCUUGUGCUUGGAGUCCAGCAGGGUCCCUUCUUGCAUCAGGGUCUGGAGAUUCGACAGCUCGUAUUUGGACCAUUGCUGAAGGAAGCUCCAGAUUGUCACAAAACGGCUCCUCAAAUGUGUUGGUUCUGAAGCAUGUUAAGGGUAGAACAAAUGAGAAGAGUAAAGAUGUCACGACACUGGAUUGGAAUGGAGAGGGAACACUGCUUGCAACGGGCUCAUAUGAUGGGCAAGCAAGAAUUUGGACUACAAAUGGUGAAUUAAGAAGUACUUUGAGCAAACAUAAAGGACCUAUAUUCUCUCUAAAGUGGAACAAAAAGGGGGAUUAUCUUCUUACGGGAAGCUGCGAUAAAACUGCAAUUGUGUGGGAUGUGAAGGCAGAAGAAUCAAAACAACAGUUUGAAUUCCAUUCAGGUCCAACACUUGAUGUUGACUGGCGCAACAAUAAUUCAUUUGCAAUGAGCUCAACAGACAAUAUGAUAUAUGUUUGCAAGAUUGGGGAAACCCGCCCUAUUAAAACUUUUACAGGUCAUCAGGGUGAAGUUAAUUGCGUUAAAUGGGACCCAACCGGUUCAUUGUUGGCUUCAUGUUCUGAUGAUAUCAGUGCAAAGAUAUGGAGCAUGAAGCAGGAAAAAUGUGUCCAUGAUUUAAGAGAGCAUUCUAAGGAGAUAUACACUAUCAGAUGGAGUCCCACUGGGCCGGGAACAAACAACGCUAACCAGCAGUUAGUUCUUGCAAGUGCAUCGUUUGACUCCACUGUGAAGCUAUGGGAUGUGGAACUAGGAAAACUUCUCUACAGCUUGAAUGGACACAGGGAUCCUGUUUAUUCUGUUGCCUUCAGCCCAAAUGGCGAGUAUUUAGCCAGUGGAUCUCUUGAUAAAUCCAUGCAUAUCUGGUCACUGAAGGAAGGCAAGAUCGUGAAAACAUACACAGGAAAUGGCGGUAUAUUUGAAGUCUGCUGGAACAAGGAAGGUGACAAAAUUGCUGCAUGUUUUGCCAACAAUACUGUCUGCGUUUUAGAUUUUAGAAUGUGACUCGGGAAAUCCUAAAUUACCUUGUAUUGGAAUUAGUUGGUCGUCAAAGCCCAGCCAUAGAUUAGUUCUUUGUAUUUGAUUGGGAUGGGUGCCAAUUAGGUGGAUAGGCUUGCAUUUUAACCGUAGAUCAAGGCUCUACUCUCUAAUGUUCAUUUAGUUUGUAAGCUCUUGUCCUGAUUCAAUUGUCAAUCAGGCUUUCAUGCUUUUUCUAGGAGAGUAUGUACAGGAUUAUUUAUAAUAUUUUUAGUUAGGCUUGAUAAUGGAGCUUGCUUUUCUCUCCAAAGUA